GAGGAGAAGGAGGCGGAGGAGAUGGCGAUGCAGCGGAUGGUGGAGAAUGGCGAGGGGGUGAGGGAGAGUGACGGUGAACGGGCGGAAAUUGAGUGCGAGAACACCACGGAAAGGACUGUCCUGAGGACGAAGCUCCUCUCGUUCGAUGACGCGCUGCCCUGCGUCGGGGACUUUGGCAGGUACCAGUUGUACCUGCUCUUUGCUCUCCUGCCAUACAGCAUCGCCUACGCUACGCUCUAUUUCUCCCAGUUCUUCCUGACCCUCGUACCUCGUGAGCACUGGUGCAAGGUCGACGAGCUCAUGGACGACUUAACGGCUGAGCAGAGAGUCCGGGUGGCCAUACCCGAGAGCGGCAAGUACCCCUUUUACGACACGUGUCACCGAAAGGAUCUCAACUACAGCGCCCUACUCGACAACGAUGGACUCGGGGACGUCGGCGUCUGGACGACUAAUCGCACCAUCGGCUGCGAACGUUGGGAGUACAAUUUCACCCAGAUACCCUACAAGAGCAUCGGCGUCGAGCUAGAUUGGGUAUGCGAACGCGGCUACCUCAUCUCGACGGCCCAGGCGAUCUUCUACUGCGGCUCGAUAACCGGGGGCUUCCUCUUCGGCUGGAUCGCGGAUCAUCGGGGCCGCUUGCCAGCCCUCGUCCUUUGCAGUGGCUGCAGCUUCCUUGCCUCAGUCGCCACGGCCUCGGCCACGAGCUUCUGGUUCUUCGCCCUUUGCCGCUUCUUUGCCGGCCUCGCCUUCGACAACAUCAUCAACAUACCCCUUAUAAUUGUGAUGGAGUACAUGGCUGUGAGGAAACGCAUCCUAGUGGUGAACGUAGCAUUCGGUAUGUACUUCGCCCUUGGCAGCACAGUCCUACCCUGGAUUGCCUACUACAUCGCCGACUGGCGCUAUUUCAGCUACGUGUCCGCUCUGCCUCUCCUCAGCUGCUUCAUUACACCCUGGAUACUCCCGGAGAGUGCGAGAUGGUACAUAUCGAAUAAAAUGUCACAUAACGUCAUUCGGAAACUCAAGAGAAUUGCCAGUAUCAAUAGAGUAGAGCCAGAUGUGCAUUUUUAUGAAAAUUUUUAUAAAAAUAUUAACUCGGUUGACAAUAUAUCGAAAUCAGCUACAUUAGUCGAUUUAUUUAAAACACCAAGAUUGGCAAAAACAACAAUUAUUUUAACUGCAGUAUGGAUGCUGACAGUUAUUGCAUUCGAUGGUCAUGUAUAUUCAUUGAAUUUACUGAAGAAUUCAGUCUUCGUGUCAUUUUCAUUGGCCUGCGUGACGGAAUUUCCGGCAGGUUUUUUGCUUACUUUACUACUUAAUCGCUGGGGUCGAAGAUUUUGCAGUUUCAUAACAAUGGCUUCGACUACAAUAUUUACCAUUACCGAGCUUCUUCUCGAAUCAGAAAUAGCGAAAUUGGUCAUGUCAAUGUUUUCGCGAUUCGUUCUUAAUAUGGCAGCUAAUGUGGGAUUACAGUAUGCCGCAGAAUUAUUGCCAACUCCAGUGCGAGCUCAAGGCGUUGGAAUGAUUCAUGUAUUCGGAAUCCUUGGGCAUUGUAUGGCGCCGUAUAUCGUUGAUACCGCACAAUGGUGGACGAACUUGCCGAUGCUCAUUAUUAGCGUGGUAUCUUUUAUCUGUACUAGCCUCGUUCUGUUUCUGCCUGAAACCCGAGGUCGCGAUUUACCACAAACCUUACAACAAGGCGAGGAUUACGGCAAGGACCAAAAAUUCUGGAAACUGCCCUGUCUAAAUAAAUUGGAGGACAAUUACCAAGAUGGGCGCAUCAAUAAUUGACUGAUUAUAAUCGAAAGAUAUAAAA